AUGUUUGAUGUUGGUAUCAAAGCGAUGCCAAACAAUAAGAAUCUAAAGUCUUUCAACUCAAUCGCACGAAGAUCAAUACUAAACAAACAUGAUCAACAACUGUUUGUAAUCACCAAGAGUGACCCAUUCCACAAGUAUCACUUUGAUCAUUGUAUCGAUGCCGAUGACGUGUCCCGUCUGUCUCAUGGCCAGUCAAUCACCACGCUACUGCCCCCGUCCAAUCAUGGUCAACAACACAUCACACGUCUCUACUUUGGAACAGAGUUCAGGAAACAGAUAACCAUCGGUCUCAUCCCAGAGUCAAUAACACAUGUUAAACUGGGAUACUUGUUCAAUCAGAUAAUACUCCCUGGAUCUAUCCCAGCCUCGGUCACACAUCUCUCAUUUGGCACGCUCUAUCAUCAACCAUUCCUCGUUGGCUCGAUACCCAACUCUGUGCGCCAACUCAAACUACUGGGCACAUUCAGCCAACCCUUGACACCUGGUAUACUUCCAUCGAGUGUGGAGCAUCUUACAUUCGGUCGCUUCAACAUGCCCCUCGGGCAGCAUGCAAGUCUGCCGUCGUCACUGAUCACUUUGAACUUGGGUCAAUCAUUCAAUCAACCGAUAAAGUCUGGAACCCUGCCACAAGGACUACGCGAGCUUGACUUGGGUACUGACUUUGAUCAACCAUUGGAAGGCGGAUCCAUUCCAGACAGUGUACAUACUCUCCACCUCGGGUCAGACUUUAAGCAAAGCAUUGGUGGCUCAUUGUUGCCAUCGUCACUCACAUCACUGAGGGUGGCUCACUGGAUCGACUCAAUUCACGACCUUCCAUCAUCAAUCACUCAACUACAUAUCUGUGAAAAGUCCACGCCGAUCGAACUGACACCAGGCUGUCUCAAACCGUCACUCACUCGUCUACACCUUGGCUAUGAGUUCAACGCCCGUCUCUCAGUCGGGUCCAUCCCACCUUCGGUAACCGAACUGACCUUUGGCAAUAAGUUCAAUGGAGCCAUACACUACAAGCCACCCAAGUGCAAGCUCAUUCGUCGUCUUCAACAGAGCAUCAAUGCUGCGACACCAACUUCGUCUGAGGCUGGACACUCAUUCCUGCCCGACUCACUCACCAGCGUGACCUUUGGCAAUGCGUUCAACAGGUCAUUGUCACCUGGAGCCAUACCUGAAGGAGUGACCAAUGUUACAUUUGGCGAGUCAUUCAACAGACGACUCAAGGCAGGUUCACUACCUGCCUCGACGACAUGUGUAACAUUCAGUGGAUUAUGUGAUCGAGUGGAUAAUGUGAUACCAAGUGGAGUAAGACAGAUGUCAUUCCGCAAAGGUAUUACAACCAACAGUCUCAAAGCACUACCAAACAUAGUGACAAUAAUUGAACUCAAACGAGGCAAGGAUAACUUCAAACUGUACAGACUAUCAAGCACGACGAUAUUAGUGAUGAACGAAGGACUUUAUUCAGUUGGUUACAUUGGUGUAAAGCAAUUGUCAUCUUUCAAUAAACUGUAA